CCUCAUUCAUCGUCUCCCUUCUGACUUGAACUUUUCAUUGCUAUGUGCGGCCUCUUUGUUGGCGUUCGUUUGUUCCCUACUGCAUAAUAUACUCUUGCGAGCUCAGUGCGUCGAAACGAAGGGUGUUGAAUCUAUGUUUCUGCCUGGCAGGCGACCUACCUCGCUCUUUCCCAGGUUUUGCUAGUUGGUGUUUGGUCUUCUUUGCGCUCAGGCGGACAGAGAAUAAGGUACGUGGAAAGGGGGUUUGCACGUUGAUCAUAUCAUAUGAUGUCGUUGCCUGAGCGCGGCCUGCUGAGCGCGGCCUGUCGAAGGCGCGAGCCAGGAGUCCUCCCCCUCAUGGACGUGACUUGGAUUGUGCUAUAUCUCUUCUCUUCACAAUGUUUGACAUGGUUUCUUCACUAUCAUGUCAACAAGAUGGACGUUGCUAAUGGUGACGAAGAGUCGCGGUCUGAAUCCAGCAAUGGCAGUCUUGCAACAAGUCCUACAAACAAGACCGACAUAAAUCCGGCCGAGUACUACGAACGACGACUCGGGGACCUCGCUCCCUUCAUUCCGGUUCGUUCUCGAGCUGAACAGGAGGUAGGAUCGCUGAUUUUUAUGUGCAGCGGAGUCUCGCAGAUGAAACACCUGGACUUCGAGUUAGCGAAUCCUACGAAAGCAUUGACACCGUAAUCAUGGGCUCCUCCCAACCUACUCAGCUCACGCAGCAAGUUGAAGACCCAAGAAGAUACGGAAAAAAUCUCUCCAACGUGAGCGAAGGUGAUGCUGUCGACGUGAUAUGUCUGUUACAUCCAACAUCUCCUGCUGCAUUUGAUGCUAUCAAAGCCAAUCUCGUGCAUGGCAGGCAGCACAUUCUACAAAAUGAUGACUUGGAAGGACUCACCGAAGAGGAGAUCAUCUUUGGACCACAAUACAAUGCAACUCGCGACAUAGCAUUGCGUAUUUCCUCUGAUGUUAAAGACCCUCGAGAUGGCUUCAGAUUCGGUCGUUCUAGCGCAACGAGCGACGUCCUCCUGACACCUAAUGAGAGCGAUAAUCUUGUGAGCAAAAUUCACUUCAAGAUCUUUGUGAAUAGUCAGGGCAGUCUCAUGUUGCAAGAUCUAUCAACCAAUGGUACCAUCGUCGACGAUGUCCACAUCAAGGUUAGAGACCGUCGGGGCAAGAUCGCGGUGAAGCCAGCGACGAUAGUACUCAAACAUGGCUCAAUCAUCUCCGUGGUCAGCGGCAGAGACAAGGAAGAGAUCAAGCUGAUGAUACGAAUCCCAUCGAGGGGCGAGCAUGAGGACGCCUAUGAAGAGAACCUUCGCAACUAUCUUGCCGCAAGAGGCGCGGUUGCUCAAUUUGCAUCCAUGAGGGAAAGCUCAUACGGCAAUCACUGGAAUGGAGGCAGCCUGUACAACUUUACAGGACUGCUGGGCAAAGGAGCCUUCGCCACAGUGUACCGAGUCCAGACAAAAAAAGAGGGAGAUAUCUAUGCAGCCAAAGAACUGGACAAGCGUCGAUUCAUCAAGAAUGGCGUGCUUGACAUGAAAUUCGACAGCGAACUCAACAUCAUGAAACACCUCAAUCACCCCAACAUCGUCAACUAUGUCGACUGCCAAAUGUACUCUCACUGGAUCUAUAUCUUGAUGGAAUAUGUGCCCUUUGGUGAGCUCUCGCAGGAGCUUAGGAAGAAGGGAAGGAUCUCAGAACCCGAUGUGCAGCAAAUUACUCGACAAAUAGUCCAUGCUUUGGGUUACCUCCAUCGAAGAAACAUCACACAUCGAGACAUAAAACCCGACAACAUCUUGAUUGCUUCUCGAUCUCCUCUCGUCGUCAAGCUGUCGGACUUCGGCUUGUCGAAGUGUGUCACGGAUCAAGAGACUUUUCUCAAGACUUUCUGCGGCACACUCCUCUAUUGUGCACCGGAAGUGUACCCCGACUAUGCGAACUACAACCAAGGAUCGACAGCGAAAAGACGUCGACUGGGUGAGCCUGUUACCAGACCUACACCGUCACCAUAUGACCAAUCGGUUGAUAUGUGGUCAUUCGGCGCGGUCAUAUUUCACAUGCUUUGUGGAAAGCCUCCUAUUAAUGGAAGAGGCGAUGACCGUGGUGCCCAGAUGCUUAAUAAUAUUAUGACAAAAGAUGUCGACUUUGAACCGCUCAGACAAAUCGGCGUCUCGCAGGCUGCUAUUGAUUUCAUCGGAAGGCUGCUCAACAGAAAUCCAUCUCUGCGGCCGAAGGAAGCUGAGUGUCUGCGCCAUCCUUGGUUGCGUGACGUGCCUGAUCAUUUCCUAUACGAAGAUGUCGACGUGGCUGUUUCAGCUGGUAGGGCGCUGCCCGUUGUUGACGAGGAAGAUGAAGAUCUGCUUGAUGAAGAGUUGAUUCGCAAUCUGAAUCAAUUGACUCAGCCGCCUUCAUCUGGGCACACGCCUGAUCGCCCUGCGAAACGAGCAAGAACAUUCGUCGGGACGGCCAUUUCGCCAGACGGGCUAACAUAUCCUACAUUACCAGAUCCUGGAUCGAGCCUUUUGCCUUCGCCAAUGGUACCUCCAGCUCAACGCCUGUUUGGAGAAAUUUCUCAGUCAUUACUUCGUAGCUCCGGGGUUUUUGGCAAUGCUCUUCCACCUACUACGACGGCCGACGUGCACGACAUUCAAGACCGUGUUGAGCAAAUCAGUGUGAAUGAUUUUGGGCGCCAAGGCUCGAGUGCUAGUGCAGAGAACGCAGAGAACCCAGAGAACCCAGUCAACUUGCAUGAGCCUGUCAAAGGUGCGCAAGAACUUGACAUACGGCAGCAGGCACCAGUCGGGUCAGCGGCGAGUCUGAUGGGUGCCGAACAACAGAUUGGUCAGCUCAAUAUGGCCUCACCUGAAGCAGAUAUAUCGGACCCCGCGUCACCAGAGACCAACAAUCCCGUCACUCCACGGACUCGCGAGUUGUCACCAUCCAGCAACGUCAGCCAACAUCUGGACGAAGGCCUGGCAGAGACACUACGCACGAGUGAGGAACCCAUAUUCACUCGUCGAAUCGAUCUUGGCCUCAUCGCAGAUCCUGUCAACCUCGAAGCGGAACUUGAGGCACGCAAUGCUUCCAGAGCCGAAAAGCUUCGGGCCAAAGCGGACACGUUCCAUGGCAUCCUCAGCACCACGAGCCGGCCACUAUCGAUCGAGUUGGCUGCCACGAUAGACGCAAAGACUGGAAAUGCGGUGGUCCGUACAGGCGAUGCAGAUGGCUUUCUCCGUCCAAUUUCGAAGCCCGAAGGAAUGACAAGAAGAAGCCCUGCGACUUCACAUUUUAUCAAGCCACCCAAGCGUUUCGGCAAGCUCACUAGUGUCCCCGGCUCGUUUGCGAACGUGACCGUCAACCUCGAAGCACGACUCACGUCAUGGGGCCGAGGCGUCGACUGCACUGUGCGGUAUCCGGACUUGAAAGAUACACGAAUUCCAAAGUAUGCUCUCAAAAUCACAUUUUGGGCACCUGGAAUGGAGAAACACAUCGAACAAGGGGGCGACUGGACUGAGAUACCGGGAGUCCGAACCAUUCUGGCGACCUCGGCGAGUGGUUGCAUCUACGUCAACGGUGUAGAAUUGCGAAAAGAGUCCGCUGAUGGCGAUGCAGCUCUCUUUGGCAAGAUCUACACAGGCGACCUCAUCACAAUAUUCGACGGUCCGAAUGGUGAUUCCCUCCAACUUCGAGUUGAGAUCACAUUUGGAGAUAGCGCCCGGAACCGACCGGCGAAAGAGGCAGGAUUUCAUGUGCAGGAGGAGCGGCAUCAUCAUCAACGUAUGAAGGAGAGGGAGAGUAUGAGAGCAAGCAGAGUGGUGAAUGAGCAGCAAGGAGCUUAAGUAUUGUCGAAAGAAUCCGGAAGAAACAUUUUACUCACAACAGAAAAAUUACCAUGGAGAGAACGCAUAGCUGUGGUUGGUUACUGUGAUAUUCAAGCGGAGGGCGUGGCAAAGUUUCACGAGUGUUAUGUGUACAUUAGCAAGCAAGGAUAACCCGAUUUUCGAGCCGUAUAAAGUAUGGGCUGUGCUGGAUCAAUUUGAGAAGGACUGCGCCAUCUUUCUUUACA